AUGAACUUCAAGAACUUUACGGAGUACCUGGCCUGGCUGUACUACCAGUACCUGCUCAUCACUGGCAUCUAUGUCCUGGAGCCCUGGGAAAAGUCCAUCUUCAACUCCAUCCUCUUCUCCGCCAUUGCCAUGGUGAUCUACACCUCAUAUGUCUUUGUGCCCAUCCACGUGCGCCUUGCACUGGAGUUCUUUUCAGGGAUCUUUGGUGGCCAGCCUGAGAGCACCAUGGCACUCAUGAACUAAAAAGAUGGAGAGAAUAUGGGGGGGAAAGAGGCAAAGACUGGGUGGAUUAGCAUGAGUCCCUAAAUCAUUUCCUACAACUCAGCUCCUUCUCAGCUCCUGGAGUUCCUCUUUACACCAUCCCGAACCACAGAGGUCAGUCACAUCAGCUAAUCAAGACUAUGAUAUGAAAUAUGAAGAUCUUAAUGAAAUGAUCUGGAAAUCAGAGCCUUACU